GAAAAUUAGCAUUGCCACCGUCUGGCUUUUCUUCCUCGCAGUAAAUUGAUAUUUGCUACAUGGAUCAAGCUUUCCGAUCCCAACUUCUUUAUCUUGUACUGCCUCCGCUAAAAAAUGGUUCUGCCUAUUUUUUGGGUAUAUAGUACCUGAAUUCGAAAGACGAUGUUGUUACUAGCAGGCAUACAAUAAGGCAGGCAUACUGCUUCAUCGAAAUCAUCAGUCAUGUUUUGCGUCUACAAAAUCCGAUUUUACUAUCCAAUAGGAUACUUCUGUGCAAGAAGACUAAGGAAUGGUUAACGUGGGACCCCCUUGUUACCUGGUAGGAUUAGGAACAACCAGAUCUCAUUCGAAGACUUUGGACAUUUAGUUGGUCAACUCGUCGAGCCUACUCCCUUCUCUUCUACUCAUCUCAGUUUCAAACUACCGUCGGUUACUGUGUGUACGAAGGAAGACACAAAAUUUUUCAGUACCCACCGAAGAAAACCUGUUCUGAUUCUUCUUUCUAUACACAAAAACUCCAACUAAAUUUGGCAUUUAUACACACCCGUUACUGUAAAACUGCUGAUCUUUCGAUUUCAGAUUUCCUUUUGUAGAUUAUUGUUUUUUAAUGGUGGAAGAAGAAGAAGCUCUUCCACUUGAUGGAAAUGCUCAUAACAAGGAAAUUAGAGAAACACAAAAAGAGAGAGGAAUAAAAACAAGGUUAUGGGUUUUUAUGUUGGAACCUCUUUAUUGGCUUAAAAUGCUUGCUCAUGAACUGCAUUGGCGUUUUAUUUUUGGUGUUGCUAUUAUCUAUGGAACGAGUCAGGGUUUAGGUGGAAGUUUGUUUAAUGUUAGUUCUGAUUAUUAUUGGAAAGAUGUCCAGAAAGUUCAGCCAUCUGAAGCACAAGUUUAUUCUGGAGUUAUUGGUAUUCCCUGGAUUGUUAAACCACUUUGGGGUAUUCUCACUGAUGUCGUUCCAAUUGCUGGAUAUCGAAGACGACCCUACUUCAUUUUAGCUGGUCUUCUUGGUGCGGCCUCCACACUCCUAUUGUCACUCAAGAAAAAGGUGGAUGUGAUGUUUGCAUUGCUAUCUAUGACGGCAGUGAGUGCUGGCGCAGCCAUAGCAGAUGUAACAAUAGAUGCCUGUGCAGCAGAGAAUAGUAUGUCCCACCUUUCCCUCGCAGCGGACAUACAAAGCUUAUGUGCAUUUUGCUCUUCCAUUGGACAGCUUGUCGGAUUCACGAUUAGUGGAUUUAUUGUUCAUCAAAUUGGCCCUAAGGGAGUGUUUGGAGUGCUGAUCAUUCCUUUUGUUCUGGUUUCUUCGGUUGGAAUUCUGCUCAAAGAACAGUAUGUUCCCAACUUCGCCUACAAACAGGUAUACCCGAAAUUCAUCGACGCCAGUAAAGCUACUUUUACAACAUUAAAAUGCGGGGAUGUGUGGAGACCAUGUCUUUAUAUGUACUUAUCUUUUGCACUAAGCUUGAACAUCCAUGAAGGAAUGUUCUAUUGGAUUACAGACCCAAAAGCUGGACCGGCGUUGUCGGAGGAAAGUGUUGGAUUAAUGUUUUCGUUUGGCUCAAUAGGUUCCCUUCUUGGUUUGUUACUAUACCAGAAAGUUCUCAAGGAUUACCCAUAUCGUGGUGUACUUUUUUGGGCUCAAUUGCUUCGUGGUAUCAUUGGAAUGCUGGAUUUGAUAUUGGUAUUGCGGUUGAACUUGAAACUGGGUGUGCCAGAUAAAUACUUUGUUGUGUUGGACGAAAUUGUAUCUAAAUGUACUGGCCGUAUAAAACGAAUGCCUCUUCUUGUGAUAAGUUCCAAGCUAUGCCCUCCCGGUACCGAAGGCACUUUCUUUGCUUUGCUGAUGUCUAUCGACAAUUUUGGUUCCCUCACAUCAUCAUGGGGAGGAGGGCUCCUACUUCAUGUCUUAAACGUUACCCGGUCGAAGUUUACUAACUUGUGGCUUGCAAUCUUAGUACGCAACAUAGUAAGAUUACUUCCACUGGCUCUGCUAUUUUUGGUGCCCAGAAGUGAUCCCUCCUCGUCAAUUCUACCAGCCAAAAUUACCAAAGCAAAAGAAGAUGAAGACGUUGACAAAGCUAGCAAUAUUGAACUUGUUUCCUUGAUAGGCAGCACGCGGUGAACCGAGAGUAGAAACCUGCAGUUGUCAUGUAUGGUUCAGCGAACAUACCAUUUGGUGAUUCUUACAAAGAAAACAAAAAACCUUUUUUCUUUAUCUUAUUGCUAUUCAACUUUAUUUCUUCUUUUGUUUUAAAAAGUCCAAUUUUCUCAAAGGUUGUAAUUAUAAAUUGGUUUGGAAAAAGAUUGAAACUCAAUUUG